AUGCGUACGUAUAUUUUCAACACUUGCAAUUCGGUCAUCAUAUAGAAUAUAGAACUCGAAAUAGAUUAAUACUCAAAAUACAUUUCCAUAUAUAAUGAAUAUUUUUAUAUUUUUAAAUGUGCUUGUUAUUUUCAUUGAUGAAAACUCUUAAACUAUCCAUUCAUAUUUAAAAUUUUGUUUUCUCUUAUCCCUCUUAAUAUUUUUUUGAUAUUAACACUUAAAUUAGCGGCAUCUAUAUUAUAUUUUUUGCUCUACAUAUUUCACAAUAUAUAUUUUUUUAUAAAACUUUUUUAUAAUAUUUUAAGCUUCUUUUAUUAGUAAAUUAAAAUUAAGUAAUAGCAAUUCGUAUUUUAAAAACAAAUAAUAAUGUUGCUUCUUAACUUUCUGAACAAUAAUGGAUUAGUAUCGAUUCUAUCAGAUAAUCAAUUUGAUUGAAAACUAAUUCUACUUUUUAUAUUUUAAGUAUUAUUAAAUUAUAUCAAAAAAUGCGGAGUGAUAUAUAUAUGUAUGUUGAUACAUAUAUAAAUGUCGAUCUGUUGGGAGAGUUGUUGGGAAAGCAUACAUCUCGGUACGCGUACUAAAAAAUUAUCUACUUCAGAUAUUAUUCCUAUAUUGUAUUAUAAAUAGUGAUAGUUUUAUCAAUCGUUAUUUUAUGUAUGAUAUGAGCAUAUCAAAUGCAGAUAUUAUGUGAUACAGAUAUUGUAUAAUAUUAUACAAUGUCAAACCUAACAUAGAUCAAUGUGUGUAAACAUAACCUCUCCAUUUUAUUAAUUAUAUACUCAAUAGAUAGGAUUUCAAGGAGCUGAGGUACAAAAACGUACGUGUAUAUACACUCGAUAGUCUUCAUCGCGUUAUUAUUAAGUUAAUUGUAAAUAAUUAAGUAACACGAAGUAUGGGACGUAGUCGUACACCUUCACCGGGAAGAAGAAGAGAUCGGUCCCGAGAUCGAGAUCGGGAACGUGAACGAGAUAGAGAUCGCAGAAGAAGACGCUCCCGCGAAAGAAGAAGAAGAUCUGUUGAACGAGAUCGAGUAAAGUCCAGGGAUAGAGAAAGGGAUCGUGAUCGUGAGCGGGAUAGGCACAGACGUUCGUAUAGCAGAUCCAGAUCAAGAGAAAGAGAUAGACCUAAACCUAAAUUAAAACCCACAACAGAACGUCCUGUAAUUACAGAGGCUGAUCUUCAAGGGAAGACACCAGAGGAACAGGAAAUGAUGAGAAUAAUGGGUUUUUGUGGUUUUGACAGUACUAAAGGCAAAAAGGUCAAAGGGAAUGAUGUAGGAGCUGUGCAUGUUAUUCUCAAAAGAAAGUAUAGACAGUAUAUGAACAGAAAAGGAGGAUUCAAUAGACCAUUGGACUUUGUAGCAUAAAAAUUAUAAAUUUAAUGAUUCCAUAAAAUUUUUUGCCAUUGAUGGAAAUUUCUUAUUUUCUGCAAGUUCUGUUAUUUUUUAUAAAUUUAAUCAGAAUAAUAAGAUGUACAAAUGAUACAAAAAAUAGUUUAUAUAAGUGAAUAUAUACUGUACAGAAAACAAGCGAUAUAGGAUAACAAAAAUGAAUAUAAUGUGUAAAAUUUUUCAUUUUAAGUAUUAUUAAAAAACUUUUAUAUAAAAAUAUUUUACAGGAAUUUUUUUGUUAUAAGACAGUAUUAAGUAUUUUAAUUAACAAUGUUUCAAUUUUCUAUCCUGGAUCGUUUUUUUGAAGAUUCAUCAUCAUUACUACUAUCAGAAUCAUUUACAUUCGAGGUCUGGAUUUCACUCUCAGUGUUCUCUAGAUCUGAUGAAUCGAGCUAAAAAAUAUUUUAUGAUUAUUGCAACACAGGCGACCUUAUGGAAAAUAAUGCAUAAUACAACAUUUUCUUUUGCUUUUAUUACCGAACUGACAUUCAUUUUCUCAAGUCCUUCUAUCAAUUGUGGAUCUUUGAUUCUAAAAUCUCUCGUUAUACUAUGUUUUAUGUAAUUUUCUAAUGGCACCUAGUGAUAUAUGUGUACAAAUUAAAAAUCGUUAAUAUAAAAAGUAUCAAAGAAUAAAAUAUUUAAUAUUAAAAUAUUAUUACUACUAAAAAUAUUAAAAUAUUACUACUAAUAAAAAUAGUAAAAUACUACUAUUAAAAUAUUUAAUACUUUGAUACUUACGCUCGUUUUUUUACCAAGUAACAAUAUUUCCUUGUUAAAUUGCUCAAUUUCAUAUACUACACGUGGUAUUACUUUGGUUUCUUUUAAAAUUUUAUUCCUUUGUGCAUAUGAGUCAGAUUUCAAUUGUAAUUUAUUUUGAUUUUCCU